AUGAAUUUUACGGAGGUGCAGAAUGAUGAACCACUACAGUACUGCUUUCAGUCAGAAAACAUUUCGUGUCCGAAGGAAGUUCGGACCAAAGUGGCCUAUGCUGCUCUAUAUUGCUUCUUUUUAACUGCAAUUCUUGUAACUGUAGGUGGUAAUUUAGUUGUAAUUAUUUCCAUCUCUCAUUUUAAACAGCUUCGCACACCAACUAAUCUUCUUGUACUUUCACUGGCAGUGGCAGAUUUAUUUUUGGGACUGUUUUCAAUGCCACUUGCAAUGGUUCGAUCAGUAGAAACAUGCUGGUUCUUUGGAAGCACUGUAUGUAUCAUGUUUUCAUUUGUAGAUGUAGUUUUAUGCGCAGUUUCUGUUUUUCAUUUAGUUUUCAUCGCCAUUGAUCGCUAUCAUGCUGUUUGUGAUCCUAUGCAUUACCCCAGUAAAAUUACAGUUUCUACAGUUUGGAUGUUUAUUGCCAUAGGCUGGGUAAUCCCAAUUCUGUAUUCAAGUGGACUUCUAUAUUUCAGGGGAAAUUCUGAUGGAAUUGAGGUAUAUAAUCUGUGUCCUGGUGACUGCAUGAUACUGCUAAAUGCACUUUGGGGCUUACUGGAUACUCUCUUCACAUUUUGUCUCCCAUUUUCUGUAAUGAUAAGCUUGUAUUCUAAAAUUUUCAUUGUUGCAAGGCAACAUGCCAGAGCAAUACACCAUUUAGUGCAUCAAAAGCUUACAGGUGAAAGGAAAAGAAAUGCAGAAAAUCAAAAAAAAGACAACAAAGCUACCAAGACUCUAGGCAUUGUGGUAAGUGUUUUCAUUUUAUGCUGGUCACCAUAUUGUUUUAAUAAUCUUUUUACUUCAGUUUCUGAUGUUUCUUCAUCUCGGUUAGUGGUUGAUAUUUUUGGCUGGUUGGCUUACUUUAAUUCUGCAUUUAAUCCUAUUAUUUAUGGACUAUUUUAUCCAUGGUUUCGAAAAGCACUGAAACUUAUUUUGACACUUAAAAUACUACAGCAUGAUUCCUCACUUAUAAAUCUCUUCCCAGAAAAAUAA